AUGUAUACAUUUACAAAUCCACGGUCAUAUGGUAAUUGUAGUUGUGGAUCUUCAGCUACAUGCAUAUCUCAAUCUAGCAUUAUAGACGUUUAUAGUAAUACAGUAUAUUUGUACGUGCCAGGUAUUUAUACUGGAUGUUAUGUAAUUGAAUCAUUACUUCAAUCUGAUCUGCGUUGUUUUUAUAAUCAGAGCUGUAUAGAUGAACUUCAACCAUUUUUAGCAUUAUUUUCACAAAUGAAUGUAUCAGCACUUGACAAAUCAUUGUUAGUUCAGUUUAUGGAAAACUCAACAGUUCAAGAGUUGAUGGAUGAAUUAAUGAUUGAAACAUGGAACUCAUCGAUAAUGUAUGAGAGUUAUUAUAGUGAAUGUCAACCAUCACAAUGCAGUUAUACUGUUGAUACAAAGAAUAGUGCAAUAUAUAUUAUCACGACAUUAAUUGGAGUAGUUGGUGGUUUAAUAACAGUUUUGAAAUUGAUGGUGCCUCGAAUUGUCAAGUCUGUUAGAAGAAAAAAACAACUGGAAGAGCCACAGCCAGGUAAGAGAAUCUCGUAAAUAAUCAUUUAUAUACAUACUAGUGGGAACCCGUGCAUACUACUCGGCUGGUUUUCUUCCAAAUACAAGUUUAUACUUCUAUUUUUAUGUUGACUCGAUACUAAACAAUCAAUAAGUCACAUUGUAUAUGUAGAUAAAUAUUAAGACAAUAUCCUGAUAUACUAUAGUCCUUCAUAUCGCUGCUUCCUUAUACCAUUAUAUUCUUACUCUUAACCGGUUAUACUCAUGCUCUACUUUAGCUAUGGGUGUGGGUGAGGGAUGAGUGAAUGUUUUUUACGGUGUAGGUGUGGAUGACGAUGAGAAUGCGAGUGUUGCGCUCACCAUCGUUGAUAUUCAUCCCUUAUCGACACCCACACCCUCAAAGUGCUUCACUAUUCAUUGAAACUAUUUUUAUUAAAUUCUUUCUGUACAUAACGACAGGAGUAAGAUCUUAUUGAAGAAUCAGAGUUAGUUUUGUGCAGUGCCAUUUUCAUCAAUAAGGAGUAGACCUUUAAUAACUUUAAAUCGAGGCUUACAUUGCAUAAUAGCGUGGAACAUAUUCACUUGUUACAAAUAAUAUUGGCAUAAGAGUCUUUCAAAGCGUAUCCAUAAAACAUCGAAGUAGCUUUACCGAUUCCAAAAUAAUCCAUGCAUGGAUGAGUAACGACAGCAUAAUAAGAUAAUCUGAGAAGAAUUAAGAAUUAUUACGUUCAGAUGGCAAUCGUAAUUUAUUUUUUUAGUUUUGCUUAUACUGUGCAUGUAGGACUUGAUAUAUAUUCCUGAUUGAAAAUAAGCAAUUCGAAAUGUACAAAGAAAAUAGAACUGACUAUAACAAGUACAUAAAGUAAAGAUUAUAGUUUGUGUUGCUGUCUAUCACAUGACACUGUGGAGUGACAAUAAAAAAUAAUCACAAUCAUGAGAAAUAGUAAACCGCGAAAUGUCAAUCGUAUGUUUUGUAUUUUUGGUCUGUCGUGUACUAGACUGAGCUUUAUUAAAAAUUAAAACUAUUUAUAUGUAGCAAUGAGUGUUAGAAAUAAAUUUUUCUAAUGAAUUUCGAAAAAUCACGGGCUACAUUCAUAACAAAAUAUCAUGUCAAAAGAGAGAGUGAUCAAGUUAACAUUGAUACGAAAAUAGUUUGCAUUGUAAACGAUAAGUCAUCUCCAUUGUUUGAAGAAUUAGACAAAAAAAUACAAAUCGAGCACUCAGUAUUUCCACAUCACAACUACUUUGAUUACUCUCUCCCAACAUCAUUAGUUCAAAUGAAGCGCCAUUACAAAAGACUGACUUUAUAUGUUACUUCGAAUUACGCCUUUAUUUUCAUCCCACAUCAUUCCAUUUCUAUGAUUUUUUCUAUAGAGAUGAACGUGAAAGAGCGAAUGCAAAUAUUAAAACAAGAAUUUAUACUCUUUUUCCAACACCUUAAUUUUUUCCCAUCGGUUCCACCCUCGAACCAUCAACAUCAACUUCAGAAUCAAAAAAUAUCAACAAGAUUAUUCAUCGUUUUAUUAACCGCAUCGUUGCUCAUACUUAUUUUGUAUACUUCAUUGAUAAAUGUUACAAAAACUGUCAACAUUCAUGCACCUACUAUCACACAAUAUUCGCAACUGUAUGCAACAUAUCCACAAACGUUGACAUGCCCAUGCACAAAAAUAUCAAUCAGUUAUGAUAAGUUUCUUCAUUUUCAAUACACAUUUCAUCCAGUUUGCAAUAGUGUUUUUGUCAGCAACCAGUGGUUCGAUUAUCUUUCCGCAUCGUAUCAAUAUACUCCCGUAUACACCUUUGAUUUUCGAUUCACGAGCACAGCUACAUUUCAAGCACUGAAUUCAUUUUGUGAAUUAGU